GCCAACCUUUUACACUGCUAUUGCACUGACAAGACGAUGAUGGGAAUCGCACAGGGUGAAACGACGGCGUUGCAGCUGAAGAAGAGGAACAAAGAGCUAGAAGAAGAGCUAAGAAAGAGCAAGGAGAGGGAGGAGCACAUGAGGCUCCAGCUCCGCGUCGCACUGGAUCGCCUCCGUAUAGCAGAGGACGCGGAGGAACGCCUCUGCUCUCAGCUCGGUGACCUCGAAGCCGAGGCGCUUCUGCAGGCGCGUGAUUACCACGCUCGUAUCGUUUCCCUCAUGGAUCAACUCUCCCAAGCCCACUCUCCUUCCCCCUCGUGAUCAAAAUCAAUAACCUCUCUCCUUUUCUUCUUCGAUACGCAUGUCAAAACGCAGGAUUUUGGUGCGUUUUGCAUUUG